UCCUGCAUCGGUCGCUCCUUAUUCUGCAUGGACAGAUGAUCUGCUUCGGAACAUGGACCAGCGAGAAGCCUGGGAUCGCUUCUACUCCCGGAGGGAGACAAACGGACCUCCCCAUCCGUUCGACUGGUUCUUUGGCUACAAAGAGAUCUCAACGUUUCUCGGCUCCAUCCUUGGGGGGCUGCCCCCUGGCCGGGCCCGGGUCCUAGACGUGGGCUGUGGCACGUCGUCCUUGGGCUUGGAACUCUACCGACAUUCGUCCGUCCAGGUUCAUAUCUGUUGUCUGGACUUUUCCUCCGCGGCCCUCCGGGGUCUCGCUCGGAUGCUUCAGGAUAGCCCCCCGCCACGCCACCCCCUUUCCGAGCUGCGGUGCCACCUGGGCGAUGCCACCAAACUGUCCCACCUCUUUGCUUUGGGCUCUUUCCACCUGGUUCUCGACAAAGGGACCUGCGAUUCGGCCCUGCGGGGAUCCCCCCGGCGGGCGAGACAAUUGGUGUCCGAGUGUCUACGGGUCCUGAGCCCGGAGGGGUGUCUCGUCCAGAUCUCCGACGAGGAUCCGGAUGCCAGGGUACCGUUCCUGGAAACAGCCGGCGGAGCCAACAUCAAAGUUGGGGAGAUUGCCAAUCUUAACGGCAUCGCAUAUUAUGCUUACACGCUCAGCCCACGCACUCCAGACCCAUCGGAGGUGGGGCAGCCCGCCAAAUCUGCGUGGAAUCCAACCGGCGAGCAGUCUUAAGUGAAAUCUAACAAGAGACGUAAUACCCAUCCAUCUUUUAUCAUACACUCCAGUCAGUUAGCGGUAGUUAAUUUAAUUU